GCGGGUUUUCAUUGCUGUUGGUGUUAUUUUUGUUAGCUGACUGAGCCUCGAAAUGUACAUUUUUAUUUUCUCUGGCAUGUAAUUUCCUGGAGGAAGUACAUAUGUUCUUUGAAAAAUGAAUAUUAAUAUGGAAUCAAACACAUUAUGUUUUUUGUCUAUCUAAUACGAUGCAUUCAAGUAUAGUGCAUUGACGUGACAUAAUUAACCAUAGUACAUAAAAUUAGCUAAUUACAUUAAAUUCAGAGCCCAAACAGAAAUAAAAUGAUCAUUUUGUGAGAAGCUGUGUUUGUUUAAUCAGCUUCAAACAUUCAGUAAAUAUGCUUUCCAGUAAAUAUGGCAGAGCCUUUGUCAUGCAUAUAAGUGUGUGUGUGUGUGUGUGUGUGUGUGUGUGUGUAUUGAGCAUGAGCUGUUAUCUGAUACCUGAACAGACUGCUGUGGGGAGCAUCUCCACUGACUGUGUGAGGUCACUCUCAGACAAAGCUGAACACACACUCACCAUGCACGAACAUCUCUAUGUGAACACUGAAAUGGAAAAUCAGAAGCAGAGCUCCGAGGAACAUCAGCAGGACAAACUGGGACAGAAGAAACCCCGCAGGAAAGACACUCCCGUACUCAACAGCCCUCCACUCAUACCAGGCGUGAGACUGAUGAAGACAGAGGUUCAAAUGAUUCAUCAGGAGGAUGAGGAGAAGGAGAUGAAGAAGUAGAUGUGUUUCAAACAUUUGGUUUUCAUUGUAGCUAGAGUUUUUUUUUUUGUCGUCUGAGCCUUCAUUUAAUGUAGGUUUCGCAGAAUUUUUUGCAUUGUCAUUAAUUUCAUCAUUUGAGUUACAUUGUAUAAAGAACUUGGAAUGAUGCAAAGAACCUAUUUUAAUUACAGCAUGAACAUCAGGUUAGAAAAGUGUGAUUUUCAUUUAUAAAACUCUAAA